CGAGCAGCCGUUCAGUCUCGGCCAAUCAGAAGCGUUUUAAAGUUAAAACUGGGAGCGCUGGCCAAUCAAAAGCCACUCUUAUGCGCGCUGUGGCCUUGGCGAAGGCAGGUGUGCGUAAGCGACUGACAGUUCUGAAAGUGUUUGAUGAUUUUGGUACAUCGGAGGCCGCUGUAUCGGCUAUGAAGAAUGAUUCUAGUAGUAGAAGUACCUACCCCUCUACCCCUACACGAGCGUGGGUGGACCCGGAGUCCACCCAGCAGAUGGUGGAGCUGUGGGGACAAUUAUGCGCUUCACUUGGUACUGGCCUGACCAAAGUGAAGAGUGGGAAUCUGCGCAAGGAUGUUAAAGAAGGCGACAGCACAAGCAAUAGCCCAGUGGUGGACUCUCACACAACAGCAAGUGCAGAAGUAGCCGAUCUUGUGUCACGCAUGCACGCGUGCGUGCUGGACGCUCGCUUGCGCAUGUACAAGGAGAAAGCAUGUGGGUUUUUGUCUCACCAUCUCAUGUACCUAAUGGGUGGUGUUGGUGGCAAGAUGGAAAGAAUGACUUAUGCGAGAGGCGAUGUGGCGGUGGUGCAGCCGGCACAGCGAGACAACUCAGAUGUAGCUCAUACGUUUGCAGAUUCGCAAAACCUCGACCAAACGCAAGCACAAGACGCGGAAGAAGAAGUGUAUAUGGUAUUGUCACAGGCGGCUGUUCUCGGCGUGCUGCAGGCGGUACUUCAGGUUGCCAUGGUGACGGGCGAGUCCAGUGCGCGUGCGUAUGAAAAUGCGUUGGGACAACGGAGGUCUGGCAGCAAAGCGGGUAACCAUGGCAACGGGCGUCUGGAAAGUUUUGGAGCCCAAACAACUAAUGCAUCACAGGUGUCAAUGGAGGUAACUAGAUCAGAGGGCAGCCAAUCAAAUCAUAGGAAUGGUAAAACGUCCGCCAAUGAGAACGUCGACUCGAACGGCUUCGGUCCCAUUGUGUACACACAAAUGGCCUCGACAGUGUCUAAUGCUGUGCGUAUGGCUCGUAGCGGUGUGUUGUGGGAGGUGGUGAGUGGGUUUAAGAGAGUCCUACACCCGAGAUUGGCCGACGAAUCAUACCACAAGCGUAGGCGGUAUGCGAGCACAUCUACCAGCGCACACACACAAUAUGAUGCCGCUACAGAUGGGUUCGAUACACGCACAAGUUCACAUACACACACUCCCACCUUCACUCGCCAAAAAGCACGCGGGGAAGCUGUAGAUGGCUCAGAGGACGUGCGCACUGCUGUGGCCAUUGUGCGCCUUUUGGGACGGGAGAGCAUCACUAGCAGAGAGUUAAAUGUGCUGCAGAAGGCUAUCGUGUACGGUGAUAUCGAGAAUGACAGCGAUCCAGAGGACGAUACCGACGACUGGAACACCCACGCAACAUCAGAAGCCGACAGUGGCAUAGACACACCACACCAACACAGCUCACACACGAGCUAUCGCGAGGGCUGGGCCAACACGGAGAGCCACGUACCCUCUCGCAAACGCAGGUGUUCGCCAUACAAAGGCACAGACACACACACGGAACUGGAACUUGCCUGGCGAGAUGCGUGGGCACGCAAUCGUAUGGCAGUCAUUGAUACGAUCACAUACCUCAUGCACCACACGACCCGACGGCCGGCCCACUACACGGAGUUCAGGGCCGGUGCGCCUGAGCCUGAAAAUACAAACGAGGACCGGUACUUGACCCGUACAUAUGUGCGUGGCCCCGGUGUUGGCAAACGGAUUCGUAUAGCGGUACAGUGUGAGCUCACGGUUGCGCAACCGGUCACGUGCGGAGGUAGACAGAGCGAUGACGAGGCGAUCUCGUUGGUUCAUGCAUCGAUUGCACGACUCAGAGCUAAUUAUGCUCGCCAUGUUACGCACAUGGUUGGUCCCGGAAGUGUUGUGAAUACUGAUGCCCAUCUCAUGGCCGGUGUCCUGCGCCGAGAGAGUAGUCAUGGUCAGAUGGCCAUUACCGCCUUUACUCUCACCGACGGGGUGGGUGAAUGGCCCCCACAAGACGGAUAUGUGGUUACCGCUUGGGUUCAAGUUCCUGUACAGGCAAGUACACGGGAACACACUCACGCACACACACACACCCACGUGCAAACACGUGGACAAACGCCAAAGCCCACCCAAACGCGCACACACGUACAGAACCGGGAGCAGGUAUCGAAUAUCGGACCGGCCGAGGUAGUGCUAGAGAGAGAGGCUGAGUCGGAGACUGAUGCGACCUACUGGGGUACACCAUUGAGUGCCCACACACACGCCCACGACCUCACAUCGACACACACAUCUGUACAAGCGCCUGUAGAUACACCUGUGCACAUACGCACGGAAGAGCUACGUACAGAGGAUCCUGAGAAAAAGGGGGGAAGUGAGGAGGUACACACGGUGCAGAGCUUCACAUUGAUGGCAGUCAAUGAGAUGUCUGUGGGUGUGGAGGGUGCGUGUCUAUGGAUUGACACAGACACGACCGCCUCGCUGUCGCGCACAGCGGUUGGGAGACGAGGUAGCGCAACUAGCAAUGCCGGUGCGAAGUACACAGAUGAAGGCGAGCUAUUGAAGUCGAGAUGGCACUUUAACGGCUGUGCGUCCCUCUUUGACGGCGAGUGGCAUCAUGUGAUUGUGCAUGUGACACGCACGUCACAUACCGUAGCACGUGUCAGUGUCUUUUUAGACGGCGUGCGCACCAAUGUGAACACAGGUACCGAACUUUCUGCGGGAGGGAAUUCUAUAAAUACACCAACCAAGUCUAUAAACAGAACGACCAAGCCCGACCCAGCCACUGCACGUACGCCGAGGGAUGCACCGGUGAAUGAGGGUGAGGAUACCGGUAUAGAUACGGAAGAAUCGCAACGAACAAUUGAAGAGGAACGAACACUUACGCAUGAGUACAAGGCCGACUUUGAAGGUGAACACUUGGUCACGAAGGCUCAUGUGCCGUACUUCACACAAGCGGACGGUGGGCCGAGAUCGUCUGUCAGUGUCAAUAUCAACCCGGAUCUGAACGAGGUGCGAUUGAACUAA